CCCGGGCCGUGCGGACUGAGGAAGCCUCUGGUGAGAGGGGCGGGGCACACCUGUGCAGUCCGGACGGUGAGUUCGCGCGGGACUAGGUGUCCAGGGCCGCCCGACCGGGCUCGGGAAUCAGGAAUAGAUUCCGGGAGUGUCGCUGAGUGGGGUUGCGGGCGGGCCUGACUGGCCUCUGUCCUCAGCGCGGGAUGCGGUGACAGCCCUGAGCGAUCAUGGCAGCGGCCGACGAACUGGCUUUCCACGAGUUUGAGGAAGCCACUAAGCUGCUGGUCGACACCCCAGAUGCGGCCACCACCAGCAGAGGUGAACAGCUGACCCCACAGGGGCAUGUGGCUGUGGCCGUGGAUUCAGGUGGAAGCUUUGGAGCUGAAGAGGUUGAGGAGAGUGACAAGACCGCGCUCCUACAGGAAGAGAGGCCGCAGCCUGGAUUCUGGACCUUUGACUACUAUCAGAGCUUCUUUGAUGUGGACACCUCCCAGGUCCUGGACCGGAUCAAAGGCUCAUUGCUGCCCAGGCCGGGCCACAACUUUGUGAGGCACCAUCUGCGGAAUCGGCCAGACCUGUAUGGCCCCUUCUGGAUCUGUGCCACACUGGCCUUCAUCUUGGCCAUCACUGGCAACCUGACAGUGGUGCUGGCGCAGAGGAGGGACCCCUCCAUCCACUACAGCCCCCAGUUCCACAAGGUGACCGUGGCUGGCAUCACCAUCUAUUGCUAUGCCUGGCUGGUGCCUCUUGCUCUAUGGGGCUUCCUGAGAUGGCGCAAGGGCACUCGAGAGCGCAUGGGGCCUUACACCUUCCUGGAAACCGUGUGCGUCUACGGCUACUCCCUCUUUGUCUUCAUCCCCACCAUGGUGCUGUGGCUCAUCCCCAUCCCGUGGCUGCAGUGGCUCUUCGGGGCCCUGGCCCUGGCCCUGUCAGCCGCUGGCCUGGUGUUGACCUUCUGGCCCGUCGUCCAGGAGGACGGCACGCUGGGGGCCACGGUGCUGCUCUCCGCCGUGGUGCUGCUCCACACCCUCCUUGCCGUGGGCUGUAAGUUUUACUUCUUCCAGCCACUGCCUCCAGAGCAUGUGGCACCUCUGCUCCAGGCCACGUCUCUGCCCCCAAACACGCUUCUGCCGCCCACCCUGCUGCGGUCCAAGACAACCUAGGAAGGCCCGAGCCUGCAGGCCCAAAACGUGGGGACCUCUGCCUGUCCUGCCCCUAAGACGAUGACUGAAGUCUCCCUUGACACCUCAAGAUCACUCUGCUACUUCCCAGACUUUUCUUACAAAGCAAACACUUUUAUUUCCUAUGCAAAGGUGAUUCAGAGAAUGUAUAUAAAGGUGGGAGGGACAGCUGAGCAAGGAGCUUCCAGCACGGCUGCUGCCUGCAGGCCACCUGCCGGGCCUUCUGCCUCCCUGACAAGGGAGCCAAGGGCGCCUGGGGGCCACCCCAGCCUCACUGUGCUGCCUUUGUGGGACACAAGUAGAAGAAAAUCGCCUGUGCUGAACCAUA